CAAUAAAGAACCAUCCAGCCAGUCGCUGCUCACGCCUCUGACGUCGGCCAUGUUUGUUGACAGACGCUGAGGCCGGCACCUGACCCGCGAGGAAGAAAGUGUCAAAUAUUAUCAAUUAGGACCCUUUGUCGCCACGCUGAAAGAAGAAACCAUGGCAGACAGUGAUGAUGAGUAUGAGCGACGUAGACGGGACAAAUUCCGUGGAGAGAGAUCGGAGUAUACAAGCAGCAGCAGCACCAGAGACCGUAGAGAUGACAGUAGGCGAGGAAGGGAUGACUGGGCUGACAGAGGCCGUGAUAGUUGGGGUAGCAGGGAACGUGGUUCCUCGCGUCGGGAAUAUGGCAGGGACUACGGAAGGUCCCGUGACCGCUAUUCCCCUGGCAGACAUGACAUGUCUCCUCCCAUUAAGCGGAUGAGGCAGGACUGGGACGACCGAAGGUAUCCAUAUGAGAGCAGCGGUGGUGGGGCAGGAGCAAAUUAUGGGGCCUAUGGAGGUAGCUACGGGCAGGAUUACGGCCAUCCAUCUGGUCAUGCUGGUGGUGGGGGAAGGUUAGAUGAACUGGGCCCAACGCAGCCACCAAUGAUGACUUUCAAAGCCUUCAUGGAGCAGUGCGACGACUCCAUCUCAGAGGAGGAGGCACUGAGGAAGUAUUCAGACUACAAGCUUGAGUUCAAAAGACAACAACUUAAUGAAUUCUUUAUCAACCAUAAAGAAGAAGAAUGGUUUAAGGCCAAGUACCACCCAGAGGAGUGUGUGAAGCGACGGGAUGAGCAGCUGUCAAACCUGAAGAGAAGAGUAUCCGUUUUUUGUGAACUUUUUGAAAUGAAUCGAAUGGAGAAUAUUAGCGUUGAUGCUGAUCAGUCAGACCAACUUCUGAAGCUUUUGGACUCUGUGGUCAUCAAACUGGAGGGAGGCACAGACCUUGAUCUUCAGGUCUUGGACCAGGCGCCUGAGGAGGAUGUCAAGUCUCAGCCGAUCGAAGAAGAAAAGAAGCCAUUUAUUUUGGGAGAGGAUUCUGACGAGGGUGAAGAGAAGGAGAAAUCGGAAGAGAAGAAUCCCGAUGAACCGCUAAAGAUGGACAUGUCGGAAGAACAGAUGGAGCUGCAGAAGAAAGCUAAGGAGUACCUGAAACAGAAGGUUAAUGAAGGAGAAAAAGAAACCCGUAAGCGAAAGCACUCUGGCAGUUCUUCGUCUAGUUCCUCAAGUGACUCGGAUGACGAGCCCAUGGAGGAAGACCUGAAAGAACCCCCGCCCCCCGGCAUGGCCUAGGGCACUCCACAAAACAGCAUCCAUCUUCUUACGGAAUUUGGCCCCUACAAUAACCAAGCAAGAAGUUGAAGCGAUGUGUCGGCGAUAUAAUGGAUUUUUGCGAGCUGCCAUUGCAGACCCUCAACCAGAACGCAGGUGGUUCAGACGUGGAUGGGUAACAUUCAAGAGAGACGUCAACAUUAAAGACAUUUGUUGGAACCUAAAUAAUAUUAGACUAAGAGACUGUGAACUUGGGGCUAUUGUCAAUCGAGAUCUGAGCCGUCGCAUUCGCACUGUAAAUGGAAUCACUUCUCAUCGCAGUGUUGUCCGUUCAGAUAUCAAGUUGUCAGCCAAGAUUAUCCAGAACCUUGAUUCUCGUUGGGGAUUAUGGAUUGAGUCAAUGGAGAAUCUGGACAAUGCAUUGCUGAGCCUGACUUCCUCAUCGAACCCUGUGCUUCGGAACAUAACUGACUACUUAAUAGAAGAGGCUAGUGCAGAGGAGGAGGAAUUACUUGGCGCUAAUGAUGCAUCAGCCAACAAUAGUGAGGAAAAGGCUGAGGGAGAAGCAAUUGAAAGAGAUCCUAGUCUGAUUAAAGUAUUGGAUAGAUUACUUCUUUACUUGCGUAUUGUGCAUUCAGUGGACUAUUACAAUCAUUCUGAAUACCCCAAUGAAGAUGAAAUGCCCAAUAGGUGUGGUAUCAUGCAUGCCCGUGGCAUACCACCCUCAAGUAAAGUAACACCUCAAGAAGUACAAGAUUAUUGUAGAGCCUUUGAAAACAAGAUUGGAUCAUUCCUGCAACCAUUGACCAAACUUAGCGAUGAUGAAGCAAAGAAAUUAGGUCUGAAAGAGGCAGAGGAAGAGGUAGAGAAGUUUGUCCAGUCCAACACUCAAGAGGUAGCCAAGGACAAGUGGCAGUGUCCCCUCUGCGGGAAGAAGUUCAAGGGUGCAGAGUAUGUGCACAAACACAUCCUCAUCAAGCAUGCCGAGAAAGUCAAGGAGGUCAAGAAAGAGGUGGAUUACUUCAAUAACUAUCUCAGAGAUCCAAAGAGACCUCAACUGCCAGAAUAUCCUGGGAAUAAGCAUGGUGGCAGAAAGGAUGACAGGCCUGACCCAUAUGUAGCAGCCUAUCCUCAGCAAGCACCUGGGUAUGGUGCUUAUGGUGGAGCAUAUGGUAGGCAGUACCCAGCAGCACCUGGAUACGGUUAUGGUAGUAGCUACCCCAAAGAUUACUAUGCAGGGCGUGGUGACCACUAUGCUCGUGAACCCUAUGCCAGGCCACGCGUAACUUACAGGUCGCGGUCGGGCGACCCGCGGGAAGUCAUUGGCUACCAUGACUUGGAUGCUCCCGAUGAUACAGAUCUCUUUUAACCUUGACGCCGCCUGCCCAAUUGGUUGGAUAUAGGGACCUUGAUGCACCCAAGGAAGACUACUAGUUCCUCAAGACUAAUUGAAUAUUGUGGACCUUCAAGUCAAAGCCAAGUGUGUUCACUGUUGAGCAGUUAUGUAACGGCAACGACAAAGAACUUGCAAUAUCAUCGUCAUUGAAUUUUCUUCCUGCGAUGGAAUGUGGCUUACGAAUCAUUGCGAAAUGGUUAGAGUUAGGUUUAUGAAGAUUUUACCAAAUUGACUUCAACUUGAGAGCUGGUGGACUUCAUUGUACCAGAUAUUGCCUUUACACAUUGUCUUCAUGUUAGGAUUUUUGUAAAGAAGUCAAGUGUGUGAUUUACAUUGAACAAAUAUUUGGCUUGUUCAUCUUGGGGGUUUAUUACAGACUUCUAUUCAUGGAUAGUAUAGCUUCAUCCUUGCAAUGUCUUUAAUAUAUUUUGUAUUAUCAUCAGUGUAUUAUUGUUAAUAUACCAUCAAGUACCAUUUUCAUUACCUUUUUGAAUAACACUUAUUUGGGCUGCAGUGUUUGUAUAGUUCAUAUAGUUCAUAAAUGGUGAAUAUUUUUAUUGCGACAAAUGUCAGAUUAUUCUGGUUGUACUCCAUCAGAACUAAAUUUGGUUUUAGUAAUCAGUUAUUUGUGUAUUGAUUCAUAUAAUGAACAACUCUUUUCAUUU